GUUUUGUAUUGGCGCGAAUUCGAAGCGAAGUGCUCCAUCAUGGCUUUGUCAGAAGUAACAGGUUUUGAAGUCCUGAAUAGGUUUGGGAAUGAUUUCAAAGCAAACGACAUGUCCACUCACCUCUCAGAACUUAAUUUGUACUGGAAUCGAAAGUCUGAGAACUACCUGAAACCGAUAGAAUAUGGUCUUCAGUGUGGAGAAAGGAAGAUUCACUUCCAACAUGGAACCACCACUCUUGCAUUCAAGUAUUCUGGUGGGGUAAUUGUUGCCACAGACUCACGUGCGACAGCAGGAGCUUACAUUGCAUCUGGUACUACGAAAAAGAUCAUUGAAAUCGAUAAGUUCCUACUUGGAACAAUGGCUGGAGGUGCUGCAGAUUGUCAGUUUUGGGAGCGUGUCCUGACAAAGCAUUGCAGGUUGUUUGAGCUAAGAAAUAAGGAAAGGAUAUCCGUAGCUGCUGCAUCAAAGUUGUUAGCAAACAUGAUCUAUAAUUACAAAGGAAUGGGUCUAAGUAUCGGCACAACCAUUGUUGGUUGGGAUAAAAAUGGACCUGGCGUCUACUAUGUUGAUACUGAUGGAAACCGAACGCCUGGAAACCUGUUUUCUGUGGGGUCCGGGAGUCCGUAUGCUUACGGUGUUCUAGAUACUGGAUAUAAAUAUGAGAUGAAAGAUGAAGACGCAUAUGAACUUGCUAAGCGGUCAAUAUUCCAUGCUACACAUCGCGACGCAGCUUCUGGUGGAUUUGUUAACUUGUAUCACAUGAAGGAAGACGGGUGGCAUUUCAUAGGACUUUACGAUGUCGGAGAACUAUACUACAAAUAUAUGUCAAAAUAAAUUUACUAUGACAAUAAAUACUUCUUUUAUCCUCUGGUCUUCUAAGUAACAAUAAUAACUGUUCUUAGUUUCAGAAACUUGGAAGACUAAUCGAAACUCAGUCAUUUCGUGUGGUAUGUCUCUUUACCGAACAUCGAAGAAUAUGGUAUUUCGCUUUCCAUUUUGUGGCUCUAGUAUGGGUGUGUGAAUACCUAAUUUACUAUGCCACUAUAUUCUUUUGUGGUUGGCCUAGCAUUCGUGGGAAUAGUGCGGACGAUAUGCGGAAUGCAAGCAAUGGAAUGGUUAGAGUGAUGACCUUAGCUGAUACACAUCUUCUUGGAUACGUCUUAGGUCAUCCGAUUGACCGUAUCAGAGG